CUUUAGGGGCAGGAACAUUGUGAUCUAGCAACGUGGAAUGCCCACUUCCACUUUCUUUAAUUAUGAGUUAGGGCACCGAUGAUUAUUGUUUUUUUGCGAAUAUCGACAUCUCUGAAUGUUGUAGCUACUUAAUAUGGCUUUAUUCUCUGUAUGUGUUAGUUCCUCGUCACAAUAUUGAUACUCGAGCACAAGCUAUAGAUUCCAAAAAAUAAUAAUGUUGAGCGUUGCGAGGGUAUCAAGGACCAUAAGAACUUUGCUAGGUACCGAGUGAAAUACAACAUUUUUCAUCACACCAACACGAAUAACACGUUGAAAAUACUAGCUGUAAAACAUGAAUUAAAUUGAAUGAUGAAUUCAAAAUCAUCACUUAAAAAUCCUUUCUAGCAGCCACCGAACGGAUACAACAAAUUUGCUACUAGAGAAUAAAACGUUGCUAUUUAUUUUUGAAGAAUAAAGAAAGCCUUUACGAGAUAGUGUCGUGAAAAUUUUCUUUAUUAUCCCAGUAUUUUUUCCAGCGGAUGGCUAUUCGUCGACCGACUUCUGCUUCGAUUCUUUCUUUGCGCGGUAAAAGUAGUUCUCGACAGGCUUAGAUUUCACUAAAAUUUGAAUAAAUAGAUGAAGGUUUCAGAUUCAGUACCUGAGGAUGCAGUAGGUAACUAGUGUUAACCACAAAUGAAUGGUAAAUUAAGAAUUUUGGAAACAACUGGUCGUUCUUACAGAAGUAAGUACUUCCCUACCAAUUGUUUUAAAACUGUCAGCUAACAUUGCAUACAGGGAAAGACAAGUCAAACAUUGUUUUCAAAACAACGCCUGGAUUGUGCUACACUUUCUGUCUGGUCCGAGAGCACAAUGGUGGUGGUGCUGAGCCGGAGCAGUUUCCGUAGUAUUCUGGGCACUCUAUCGCUGUUGCACGCACUAGUGGACAUAACUAUGUGCCACGAAAAAACUCUUCGAAAGAUGGUUCGAAACCAAUCCAAAAUGGUACAAAGACCUUUUGACGAUAAGAGCGGAAUGUCAGCAUCAGGCAUGGCUGGGCAUUCAUAUCUUAACCCGUUAAAUAUCCACCGAGCGAGUUCCAGCAGAACCGUUCCCGUGAGGAGCCAGCAGCUCCGUCGUGUGUCCCUGGUUCCUUCGGCUAUAGAUAUUACACGCGGAAAAUCAUUCUCCCGAAUUAAGACAUCGCAAGCUGAAAAAUUACAAACCGUUGAACUUAGAUCGGAAAGAAACAUAUUUUUAAACAGCUCCAAGGUAAUGCCUCAAAAGUUUGACUUGUAUUCCUUAGAACAUAGUAAAAACAAAGGAAAUGACUCGACUUGGGAAAAUAUAAAAGGCAUUCGUCGAAAACCAUCGCCUUUCUUUCCUGCAGUAGACGAUAACAAUUUGCAAACAAUUGAAGCUCAACCGAAAGAAACGAUAGUCAUUCCCAAUCCUGAAAGUCAAGGGAAGUAUGAGACCGACGAUACCCUACUUGUAAAAGGAAUAUUCCGGGCCAAAUCGCCAACGAUUAUAAAACCCAGUGUAAAAGAUGAACCAAAUGAAAACCGUCAAACAAUACCACUGGAUUUUGAUAGCCAAAAUCUUGAUUAUUUUUUGGAAAUAACUACAAAUUUACCCAGCACAGUGACUGGUUACAAUAUGUCAAGUGAGGGAUUUGACAUAUGCGCGUCCAUAGAAUCAAUUAGGUCAAAUAUUGACGCACAAAAGAAAUUUACGGAUUUUGAUAUAGAGCCUUCCUGGAUGACGAAACGACAUUUUUGGAACAAUAUUUAUAACAGUCGCUAUGAAUACCUAAUGAGAAAUUCUAAAUGGCCGCCUUUGAAGGUUAUUCUAGUACCUCGCUCACAUGUUAAUACUAUUUGGAAGAACACUUUUGAGCAUUAUAGCAAUAACUCUGCCCACAAAAUCAUUUCUAACAUCGUGAAGAAGAUGAACUUGUAUCCUAACUUAACUUUUACGUGGAAUGAAAUAUCCCAUUUAAGUAAAUGGUGGAAAACGACCACUCAGAAAAACCGCGCGGGUUUUCGAAAAUUUAUAAAAGGAGGAAGGUUAGAAGUAACCACUGGCGGUUGGGUCGAAUCUGACGAAGCAACAACCCAUAUAUUUGGCCUCGUGCAUAAUCUCAUUGAAGGACACCAAUGGCUUGCGGAGCACCUGAACUAUGCACCAGACGUGGCGUGGCUCACCAACAGUGUCACCCACAGUCCCACACAGGCCUAUCUAUUGUCUUUGUCGGGCAUAACUAAAUUAAUCUUCACCAAUGUUCAUUACUCGUGGGAGGAAUAUUUUGCAGAGUAUCAAAUAAGUGACUUCGUUUGGGUUCAAAACUGGAUCGGUGAAGGGUCUUAUUCGUCAGAGCUUAAUAAACUAUUAAAACAAAUAGGACAAGAUCGUUACCCCAGCAAUUCUGUACUAUCACACUACUUACAGUUUAACACGGACGGAUUUGGAGCGUGUGGGCCCAAUAAACGAUUAUGUACCACUGAUUUUGAUUUUUUUAAACAUGGGCAUGUUUGGCAUGUACACGGAUACAACGUAAAAGAGAAGUCCGAAUUAAUUCUCGAGCAAUAUUCGAAGACCGGGACCCUAACACCCCAUAAUGUUAUUAUUGCUCCAAUUGGAGGACCCCAUCACUUCGCAACUCAAGAGGAGGUUGAUUACCAGUACAAUAAUUACGAAAAAAUUGCUGAAUUUAUCAACGUUAAUCGUGAUAUUUACAAAGCUACUAUUGAGUUUGGGACUCCAAUAGAUUAUUUUCAUUCAAUGUUAAAUAGGACUUUAAAGUAUCCAAGUUUGAAAGGAGAUUUUUUAAAUUUUGCCGAUGUGGAAAACGGCAUCCCGGCGUAUUGGACAGGCUAUUUCACAUCCAGACCUUUACUUAAAAUUUUACUAAGGCGUCUACAAGCAACCUUAAGAUCUACAGAAAUAUUGUUUUCAUUUGCGCUAGCAGAUUCAACAAACGAUAGCCAAGAUAUUGAUGCAAAUAUAAUUGGCCUAUUAACCAAAAGUAGAGAAACCGUAGCCCGAUUAUUAGAUCGCAACGUAAUAGGCGGCACCUUGUCAAGUAAUAUGCUCCGAUACGUGCACGAGAAUAUUUGGACUACGGUGAAAGACUGCUGGAAAAUACAGGAGACCAUGGUUAGUUUGUUCACUACAAAUAAGACCAGAAGAAACCCUUAUUUAAGAAAGUACGUGUAUCGAGACGGAGAGUUUAUAUCAAUAUUUAAAACUAUCAGUCCAGGAGAUAACGUGUUAGUGUUUAAUUCUUUAAGCCACGAGAGAUACGAGAUAAUAGAACUGUUCACAAAAAUACCAAACAUCCGAAUUAUUGACCACAACAAAAAAGAUGUCACAGUUCAGGUCAAUCCUGUAUGGAAGUACAACCCUGAAAAUGUUGUAGUUAUAUCAAAACAAUUUUUCAAAAUAUUUUUUGCCGUUGUUAUACCUCCGUUGACAAUGGAGCUCUUCAAAGUAAAGGAAACGUCUUUGACAACACUGAAUGCAGCCACGAUAUAUUGCGUACAUUGCAUUGUAGAAGAAGACAUGAAUAGUGGAUUAUAUUUCCCUUUUACUAUUCAGCCUAUUGAACAAGGGGAUGUUCAGCUGGAAAGUUAUAAGCAUCGCCUAGUAUUUGACGAAACUACUGGGUUUUUAAAAACAGUCGUAGAGAAAGACACCCAUAUGGAAAAGCAGGUGGUGUUCGAUUACGGAGCAUUUAUAGGAUCUUACUUAAAUUCUGGAGUGUUUAUACUUAACACUAAUACGACAAAACCACCAAUCCGAGAUAUAUUGAAACCAUACAGAUCUACAAAAAUAUUUAUAAUAUUGACUGGACAACUGAUCACUGAAUUUACUUCAGUAUACGGACAACUGCUACACCACACUGUCAAAUUAUUUAAUGUAAUUAACAGCCCUUUAUCGAGCGCUAUUUUCAUCGAAAGUAAAGUAGAUUUAGACGUAUCACCAAGUAACAGAGAUGUAGAAUUAUUUAUGUCAAUACAAACUGAUAUUAGUAACGGUAAUCCUCCAGAGAUCUUUAUCGAUAAUAACGGGUUUCAAUACACACCUCGCACUAUUAAUGUAACUAGACGCAUUGAAUCUAAUGUGUAUCCUGUAACGACACUAAGCUACAUUCAAGACCGAAAGCAAAGGUUAACUGUUAUUACUGACCAUGCCCAAGGAGUGACUGUACUGCAAGAGGGACAGAUAGUUGUGAUGUUAGACAGGAGGGUCCUCUUCGACGACGGCCGGGGGGUCAAUGAAGGGCUCGCUGACAGCGGCGCCACAUAUCAAAGACAUUAUAUCCUACUAGAAAAUUUUAGCCGAACUUCGAAGUAUUAUCCCGUACCCCAUUCAAAAUCUGUUCAAUUACCCAGUUUCAGGGCGAAUUAUUUGUCCAAUACCUUCAAUUACGACAUAGAUAUUUUUAUGAUAGACAAGAAUGUGACUGGGUAUUGCUUAUACGCUAUCAUUCCUUUAAUUAAGGCGACAUAUCCAUGCGACGUGUUUUUACUUAGUUACAGAGCAUUUUUGAACGGCAUGACUUCAAAACGUUCGUCAAAAAAUGUAGGUUUGAUGAUUUUGCAUAGACAAAGUUUCACUUGUCAGAUCAAUUAUGAGUCACUGGUACACUGUGACGUAGAUCCUAAUCUUUCCAUACAGAACAUACUUCCAGCCGCAAGAACAGUCUUUAAAACUAAUUUAGCGGGUACAAACAAGGGUACACGUUUAAAAUAUAUAAAUCUAGAAAUGUUCCAGCCAAUGGAACUAUUAACUUUAAGAAUACAUUCAUGAAACUGUACCAGGUACGCAGCAGUCGGAACUAAUGUCUGGAAUUGGCAUUAGUUCGAAAAUUUUAAAUACGUUAGGUUAAUAUUAGGUUAGGUUUUACUAUUAUUAUACAAUGUACUCGUUAUUUAAUGCAGUGCAACAGCAAAGUGUAUUAUUCAUCCAGAUCCGAAUACCCUCAGGAGUUUAAAAUAUGGGGGUGAGGUAUUAGAGACGAUAAUUAUUUUAUUAUCUUUGUUAUCGAUUAACGGUGCCAUAUUAAACAUUUUUUUUUUGUUUUCCUUCAUUUUCAUUCCUUAAGUAUUAUUGUAUUCUUUGGUAUGUAUUAGUAUUACCUUAAAAAAGGCUAGGCGCCAGUUCAAAGAAAUCUUCCUAAGAAAAAUCAUUUUUAAGACAUGAUUUUCUGAGUUAUUUGAACUCAACAGAUUAAACAUUAAAGGUACUAAAUCCUGUCUUAAUAAAAAUAAUUGUACCUUAGCGUUUUUUCUUAAAAAUGAGAUCGAUAACUUGAAAAUCUAUAACGCCUGCAAAAGUGUAAUAGCAAGCAAAAUAUAAAUGAGUAAAACUUGGAAACCACAAAUAAAAUGGCUCAUAUUAUAAUUGAAUAUGUAUGUACAAAAGAGGUACAAACAUUUGGCUUUUAUAGAAUUGAUCAAUAACCACGGGAACAUAGCGUAAUAAAGUACACCCGCCAUUCUGACUGUCAGGAUGGCGGGUGUACUGUUUUUUUUGGUGAUAACAUUAAGUACCGUGAGGUACAAUUUUUUUUAAAGGACGUACUAAAUAGUACAAAUUAGGUACAAAAAUAUGGUAUGGUUUUCAUUUAAUUUUAUUUAGGUACACCCGCCAUUCUGACUCUCACCUUACGAGGAUGUUAUAUUAAAAAAAUAAAACCAUAGUUGAGUUAAAAUGUUACACCUAUACUUAGGGGAACACGUUCUGAGCCCCUAGUGUAAAUUUAUUUGAUAGCGAAACGUGACGUAUGCGUUUGCGUUAAGUGUAAUUUUGUAUGAAAUUUUGAGUUUCCAAAACGUCCCGCUUGGCGCGCUGUUUCUAAAUCCCAUACAAAAUUAGACUAAAUCACUAUCGAAUAAAUUUACACUAAGUAGGAGCUCUGAUUGGAAUUAGGUAUAAAAUUAAAAGAAAAAAUGUUGGCAUAUUAAUAUAAUUAACAAAUAUACAUUAAAGCUUCGUCUUAUAUUUAAA